AUGGCAAAAACAGGGAAGAAUAUCAAAAAUGAAAAAACAAGAAAAACUGAGGAGGGGGAGGGAGAAGCUGAAGAAAGAAUUGCCAAGGGAAAAAAGAAACACGAACGUGCCAAAAAAGAAGAAGAGAAAGAAGAUGAUGGAGGGAAACGUACAGUGAAGGACAAAAAGCAGGACGUGAAGAAGAAAAAGCACAAGAAAACGAGUGAGGUAGACAAUGAAGAUGAUGAAGAGGAGGACAAUGAGGAGAAAGAGGUGAGGCCAGAGUCUCUGUCACCAGAGGAGCUGGAGAAGCUGAAGGAGGCAGUGGACGAGAGGAAGAAACUGAUCCAAAGUCUGAGGGGGAAACCCUGGCCAAUGAAAAAGAAACUCGUCACUUUACGGGAGUCUCAGGAAUUUGUGGAGAAAUAUGAGGGAGCUCUGGGGAAAGGGAAAGGCAGGAAGCUCUAUGCUUACAAGGUCAUGAUGACAAAGAAAUGGAUGAAGUUCCAACGGGACUUUGAAAACUUCAAAACGGCCUGCAUUCCCUGGGAGAUGAAAAUAAAGGAGAUUGAAAGUCAUUUUGGCUCCUCAGUUGCCUCUUACUUUAUCUUCCUGAGGUGGAUGUAUGGCAUCAACAUGAUCUUGUUUGGUCUGACCUUUGGCCUGGUUAUGGUGCCUGAGGCAUUGAUGGGGAGGCCCUAUGGCAGCAUCCCAAGAAAGACUGUCCCCAGGGCUGAGGAGGCCAGUGCCAUGGACUUUGCUGUCUUAUGGGACUGUGGGGGUUACGCUCAGUAUUCAGUCCUCUUCUAUGGUUACUACAACAACCAGCGAGCCAUUGGCUGGCUUAAGUUCCGUAUGCCUCUGUCGUACUUCCUGGUUGGUGUGGGAACAGUGGCCUAUAGCUAUAUGGUGGUCAUAAGAACGAUGGCCCGUAAUGCAAAUGAGUCAGGGGUUGGAGAUGAUAACAGCUUUAACUUCAGCUGGAAGAUGUUCACCAGUUGGGACUAUCUGAUAGGAAACCCUGAAACUGCAGACAAUAAGUUUGCCUCCAUCACCACCUGUUUCAAGGAGGCAAUCUUAGAGGAGCAAGAGAGCCGAAAGGAUGACAACAUCCAUUUGACUCGCUUUCUGCGAGUGCUCGCCAACUUCUUGGUCUUGUGCUGCUUAGCAGGAAGUGGAUACCUCAUCUACUUUGUAGUGCGUCGCUCUCAGAAGUUUGCCCUAGACGGACUGGAGAAUCACACCUGGUGGGAAAGGAAUGAGGUAAACAUGGUCAUGUCAUUACUGGGGAUGUUCUGCCCCAUGCUCUUUGACGUCAUCAGCACCCUGGAGAACUACCACCCUCGUGUCGCUCUGCAGUGGCAGCUGGGUCGUAUCUUUGCCCUCUUCUUGGGAAAUCUCUACACUUUUAUCAUUGCACUCAUGGAUGAGAUCAACCUCAAAAGAGAGGAGGAAAAGAUCAUAAAGUUUAAUAUAACCAUGUGGGAAGCCAGUCUUUACAAUGGCACACUAUCAGAAAACAGCACUGCCCCGCCCAUCACUAUCCAACCUGCUGAUGUACCCAGAGGGCCCUGCUGGGAGACCAUGGUGGGGCAGGAGUUUGUCAGGCUGAUCAUAUCUGAUACCAUGACAACCUACAUCACGCUGCUGAUUGGUGAUUUCCUGAGAGCUGUGCUUGUUCGUUUUCUCAACUACUGCUGGUGCUGGGACCUGGAGGCCGGAUUCCCAUCCUACUCUGAGUUUGAUGUCAGUGGGAACGUCCUGGGCCUGAUCUUCAAUCAAGGAAUGAUAUGGAUGGGUGCUUUCUAUGCCCCCUGCCUACCUGCCCUGAAUGUCCUCCGGCUCCAUGUGUCCAUGUACCUGCAAUGCUGGGCCGUGAUGUGCUGUAAUGUGCCGCAGGAAAGAGUCUUCAAGGCCUCUGGCUCCAACAACUUUUACAUGGCCAUGUUGCUGGUCAUCCUCUUCCUGUCCACUCUGCCUGCCAUCUACACCAUCGUCACCAUUCCUCCUUCUUUUGACUGUGGACCCUUCAGUGGGAAAAAACGUAUGUUUGAUGUGAUCCAUGAGACGCUGGAGUCAGACUUCCCUGCCUGGUUUAGUAAAGUGUUCAGCUACGCCUCUAACCCUGGACUGGUGCUGCCCUUCAUACUGCUUAUGGUACUAGCCAUCUAUUACUUACAAUCCACAUCCAAAAGUUACAAAGAAGCAAAUGUGGAACUGAAGAAAAAACUACAAGCGCAAAAUGAGGAAAACAAGAAGAAGAACAAACGAGCAGCACUGAAGGCACAGAUGGAUCUAGAGGAGGCCAGAAAAGCAGCAUCACAGGAUGCAGGGCAACAAAACAACAACGCUUCACUACAAGACCAAGAGACCGAUGAGGAAGAAAACCAUGGCAGUCAUCAGAAGCUGUAUCAUGGUAAGAAUGGACGCGACCAUCCUCCUCCUGCUGGAGACCAAGAACACCAGCCCCCGGCCACCAGAGCCCCCGUCACCAGGAAUUAUCACCAAGGCAACCACAGGGCUCCCGGGUACCUGCCCGGUUUCUCUCGGCAAAGUGAACCCAGGAUGUACAGGGUGCCGAGCCUGCAGCGACACUGAGGGAGUGAAGAACAGCAUGUUAGCAAAAGAGACUCAAAACAAAGCACUUUACUGAGAACCUGAUGUUUAGAUGUACUGUGAACCGAGAGUAGUGAGAAUGACUGACUUGAAACUUUUUUUUUUUUAAAAACUGCGCAUUCAUGAUAAAAAAGACAUUGUGAGCAUUUCGAAUUACAGUAGCAGUUGUUCCUUUGUUUAG